AUGGCGCUGGACCAACCCAGCGGUUACGUUGCUCCGAGCAAUCUAUCAGAGCUCCCCGAACCCUCACUCCCCAUCUUCGAUGUCCAACGAGUCCAGCUUCAGUUCUCCGUAGCGGCGGACUUUGUCGCCGCGCAAGUCGCCAACAAUGUCCUUAUCCUUGCGUUGGCAACCGGCAGGAUAUUGCGGAUCGACCUGGACAGUCCGGAAGACAUCGACGACAUCGAUCUCCCGAAGAAGUCUUCUGAGAUCGGAUUAAUUCGUCGCUUGUUCCUCGAUCCAUCGGCCUCCCAUCUGAUCAUCACCACCACUCUGGGGGAGAACUAUUACCUCCACACCCAGUCGCGUCAACCCAAAGCACUAUCGCGGCUGAAGGGCGUUUCGAUUGAGUGCAUUGCAUGGAAUCCAUCCUUGCCGACCGCAUCGACACGGGAGAUUUUGAUCGGGGCGACCGAUGGACAUGUCUACGAGGUCUAUAUCGAACCGUCUACCGAGUUCUAUCGCCGCGAGGAGAGAUAUGUCAACACAGUUUACCGAGUCCCGGACGCAUCGGUCACGGGAAUCUUUGCCGACUCGAUAUCGGGCAAACCUGACCAGAGACGGGUGCUCCUGGCGACGCCUACCAAACUCCUCCUGUUUUCAGGCCACAUAGGGCGACAUGGGAAGGAAAGUGGAGGCUCAGUAUAUGCUGAGCUGUUUCAGCGAAGCACACCUGCGGUCUAUGAAAUACCCAAAGCGACCAAAUCCGCACCCUCCACCUUGGCCAUCUCACCGAACCCUUCUGAGGACCAUCAUAUAGAAGGACAGUCGUUGGAAAGGCGGUUCGCGUGGCUCUCCUCUCAGGGCGUAUUCCAUGGCUCGCUAGAACACUCCCCUUCUGAGACAGGUCGGCCAUUCGACAAUGCGAAGAUGCUGCCCCGCUCGCUUUUCCCAGCAACUGAAUCUGCUCGGGGUGGCAGGAAGCUGAUCCAGGAUCCGAUCACAGCCAUGACGCUUUCACAAUGGCAUGUUCUAACCUUGGUCGAAGGACGAGUCGUAGCUGUGAAUGAGCUCAGCGCAGAGAUUGUGUACGAUCAGCCGGUGCUUGAGCCAGGGCAAAGUACCCUGGGACUCCUCACAGAUCGGACGAAGAAUACGUUCUGGCUUUUCACCCCUCAGGAGAUUUUCGAAAUUGUUGCUCAUGAUGAAGACCGCGAUCUUUGGAAAAUCUUUCUCAAGGAGCAGAAGUUCGAUGACGCCCUUCGAUAUGCACAUGGAGCGGCGCAAAAAGACGCCAUCGCCACUGCUUCUGGCGACUAUCUGGUCAGCAAGGGCAAUUAUCUCGAAGCAGCCGCGGUGUGGGGGAAGAGUAGCAAAGGCUUUGAGGAAGUUUGUUUGACCUUCAUCGACCGUGGGGAACACGACGCUCUGCGGAAAUACCUCCUCACCCAGCUUGCAACCUGUAAAAAGUCAUCCACCAUGCAGCGAGUGAUGAUAGCGAGCUGGCUCGUGGAGGUCUUCAUGGCAAAGCUGAACUCCCUUGAUGACACGAUCGCCACUAAGGCAGAGUUGGCGGAAGGCGUGAGUGCAGGGGAAUCAAAGGAGCAGCUCAAAAGCGUCCGGGCCGAGUUUCAGGAUUUUGUCACCAAGUACAAAUCCGAUCUGGACCAGAAAACUGUCUACGACAUUAUCAGCAGCCAUGGCCGAGAGGAAGAGCUGCUCUUCUUUGCGACGGCGACAAAUGAUUACAAUUAUGUCCUAUCUUACUGGAUUCAACGGGAGAAGUGGUCCGAGGCAUUGAACGUCUUGCAGAAGCAGAGCAAUCCGGAAGUGUUCUACAAGUACAGCAGCGUUCUCAUGGUGCAUGCGUCCACGGGCCUUGUGGACAUCCUGAUGCGGCAGACGAAUCUCGAUCCCGAGAAAUUGAUACCGGCGCUUCUCAGCUAUAACAAGACGGCCAAAGUUCCCCUCAGUCAGAACCAAGCCGUGCGAUACCUCAACUUCAUCAUCGCGAACCAUCCCCGUCCCGCUGCGGCCGUCCACAACACCUUAAUCUCGAUUUAUGCAUCGAGUCCUUCAUCAUCAGAAGCGGCAUUGCUGACGUAUCUCGAAUCGCAACCGUCAAAUCCACCACCGUACGAUGCCGACUUUGCGUUGCGCCUGUGCAUUCAGCAUGAGCGUGUCCAAUCGUGCAUCCACAUCUAUAGCGCGAUGGGCCAAUACCAGCAGGCCGUUGAAUUGGCCCUGAAAUACAAUGACAUCGAGCUCGCGGCCAUUGUUGCAGACAGGCCCGAAGGGAACGACAAGCUGCGGAAGAAACUGUGGCUUCUCGUCGCGGAGAAGAAGAUCCGACAACCGGGGACGGGCAUCAAAGACGCGAUCGAAUUCCUCCGCCGGUGCGAACUGCUCCGCAUCGAAGAUCUGAUCCCGUUCUUCCCGGACUUUGUCGUCAUCGACGACUUCAAGGACGAGAUCUGCAACGCCCUGGAGGACUACUCGCGACACAUUGACGCCCUGCGGCAGGAGAUGGACAAUUCGGCGCAGACGGCCAGCCAGAUCCGCGCGGAGAUCGCGGCGCUGGACACGCGGUACGCGAUCGUCGAACCGGGCGAGAAAUGCUGGCUGUGCUCACUGCCCGUGCUGAGCCGGCAAUUCUUCGUGUUUCCCUGCCAGCACGCCUUCCACAGCGACUGUCUGGGGAAGGAAGUCCUCGAGGGCGCGGGGGGGAAGAAGCGAUAUAUCCGGGAUCUCCAGGCGCAGCUGAACAAGGGGGACAUAACGAUGUCGCGAAGAGAGAAGAUCAUCAAGGAGCUAGAUGCGUUGAUUGCGGAGGCUUGUGUCCUCUGCGGCGACCAUGGCAUCAAGCAAAUCGACAAGCCUUUCAUUUCUGAAUCUGACAACACGGAUGAAUGGGCAAUAUAA